AUGCAGUCGAGGUCGUAUACGAAUCUUUUGGAGUUAGCUUCAGGGAAUUUCCCUGUAAUGGGGCGAGAAAAGGAGAGAAGAAAGCUGACGAGAGUAAUGACUGUUCCUGGAAGUAUAACCGAGCUUGAAGACGACCAAGCUAGCAGUGUUGCAUCUGAUAAUCCUUCUUCGCUUUCAAUGGACAGAAUGAUUAUUGUGGCGAAUCAGUUACCUCUAAAGGCUAAAAGAAGACCUGAUAAUAAAGGUUGGAGUUUCACUUGGGACGAUGAUUCAUUGCUUUUCAGACUCAAGGAUGGUUUCCCCGAUGAUAUGGAGGUUUUAUAUGUCGGUUCCUUGAAUGUUGAUGUUGAUCCUAUAGAACAAGAUGAUGUUGCUCAAGUUUUACUGGAUCGAUUCGGAUGUGUCCCAACUUUCCUUCCUCCAAACCUAAUCGAGAAGUUUUAUGAUGGUUUUUGCAAGAAACAGUUAUGGCCACUCUUCCAUUACAUGUUACCAUUUUCAGCUGAUCAUGGUGGGAGAUUCGAUCGAUCCAAUUGGGAAGCAUAUGUUGCAGCAAACAAAUUAUUCUCCCAGAAAGUUAUCGAAGUGAUCAACCCCGAAGAUGAUUUCGUUUGGAUUCAUGAUUACCACUUAAUGGUAUUACCCACUUUUUUAAGAAGACGUUUCAAUCGUUUAAGAAUGGGAUUCUUUCUCCAUAGUCCAUUCCCCUCUUCUGAAAUCUACCGAACACUUCCUGUUCGUGAAGAAAUCUUGAAAGCUCUCCUCAAUUCCGACCUAAUUGGAUUCCAUACUUUCGAUUACGCCCGUCAUUUCCUUUCCUGUUGCAGUAGAAUGUUCGGAUUGGAGUAUCAAUCCAAACGAGGCUACAUCGGAUUGGAUUACUACGGGAGAACAGUUGGAAUCAAGAUCAUGCCAGUUGGAAUCCACAUGGGACAGAUCGAAUCAGUGAUGAAACUAGCAGACAAAGAAUGGAGAGUCAGUGAACUCAAACAACAAUUCCAAGGGAAAACCGUUCUUCUUGGAGUCGAUGAUUUGGAUGUCUUUAAAGGCAUAAACUUGAAGCUUUUAGCCAUGGAACAAAUGCUCAAGCUUCAUCCAUCAUGGCAAGGUCGAGCUGUUCUUGUCCAAAUCGCAAACCCUUCAAGGGGUAAAUCCGGAAUAGAUUUCGACGAAAUCCAACUCGAGAUACAAGAAAGUUGCAAACGUAUCAACGACCAAUUCGUUCGAGAUGGGAUGAAUUUGACUCCAUAUGAAUACAUCGUGUGUAGACAAGGCGUUUCCGGGUCGGAUCCGGAUCCGGAUUCAGGCGGGUUGAAAAAGAGUAUGUUGGUGGUAUCAGAGUUUAUCGGGUGUUCACCUUCUUUGAGUGGGGCCAUUAGGGUCAACCCAUGGAAUGUUGAGUCAACUUCCGAGGCUAUGAACGAGGCUAUAUCGAUGAGUGAUUCGGAGAAACAAUUGAGACAUGAAAAGCACUAUCGAUACGUGAGUACGCAUGAUGUGGGGUAUUGGUCUAGAAGCUUCUUGCAAGAUAUGGAAAGAACAUGUGCAGAUCAUUUUAGGAAAAGAUGUUGGGGGAUUGGAUUAGGGUUUGGUUUUAGGGUUGUGUCUUUGGAUCCUAAUUUUAGGAAGCUUUCGAUUGAUGAUAUUGUCACAGCUUACAUAAAGUCUAAAAAGAGGGCGAUUCUUUUGGAUUAUGAUGGAACUGUUAUGCCUCAAAAUUCGAUUAUCAAGACACCAAGUAGACAAGUUAUCUCAAUUCUUGAGAGACUUUCUGGAGAUGCGAAUAAUACGGUUUUUAUUGUUAGUGGAAGAGGUAGAGAAAGCUUGAGCAAGGCUCUUGCUCCUUGUAAGAAGCUUGGAAUUGCAGCUGAACAUGGCUACUUUAUGAGGAGGUCUCAAGAUGUAGAAUGGGAAACAUGUGGACAGAGUACGGAUUUUGGAUGGAUGCAAAUGGCUGAACCUGUGAUGAAACUAUAUACAGAAUCAACAGAUGGAUCUUCCAUUGAAACAAAAGAAAGUGCUUUAGUUUGGCAAUAUAGAGAUGCAGAUCCAGGGUUUGGAUUUGCUCAAGCAAAAGAGAUGCUUGAUCAUCUUGAAAGUGUAUUGGCAAAUGAACCUGUUGCUGUUAAAAGUGGUCAAUAUAUUGUUGAAGUCAAACCCCAGGAAGCAAGUAAAGAAGCCACUGACACUCCUGUCACAUCAGAAGAUGAUGAGAGUGAAAGUGAAUAA